AUUCAGUCACCGGCCCAGUGCGCUUUGCUGGACACAACGAUUAAUCGCCUUCUUAAUUUUGGCACGCACGCUUCUACCGCUGCAAAGCAGACCAUGCCACGCCGCCAUCAGCUGCGGCUGGUCGCACGGGCUGGUGCGUCCCAUCACACCAUGCAAUCCUUUUCGAUUGGAUACGUUCAUAUUGUGUCACUGCAUUGUGGCGAGGCAAUUGUCCCAUGCCUUGCCCCCACCUACCUCCAUAAUAUGGAAGUACGGUAUCGCGACGGUAGCAAAACAUCCCUUGGCCUUAGCGCACCAAAGGAAGAUACAUCUUUCUACUUGCAAGCCAAUCCAGCACCGCUGCGGAAGAUACUCUGGAUUCUUGCACUCACACAAUACGAACGCUAUAUACGCCUCCAUGAUUACGAGGAUUUGCGUUCCCUUAUCUACUCGGAACCUAUGCCGCCGUCCAUGCAUAAUAAAUUGGCGACAUCAAUCCUGCUUCCGAGAGAUGCUGUUAUUAAUGGAUUGCGCCGCGUAUUUAAUAUUAUUGGGAUAUUCCACAGCCACAAUCGUGCUCCUCCUAUUCAACAUCUUAUUUUCCCCUGGGACACUGUGA